AUGAUUAUUGAUUUGUAGUAGUAGCAGUAGUAAAUGGCAAUUGCUUCCUUGAAACCCAAAAAGACAGACAAACCAAAGGUACUGUAGAAUUUCAAAAGGCAUCUCACACAUUCCCUUAACUCCUGGUCUCUCUUUCACCCUUCAUAUUAUAUGGUAUAUAUAUAUAUAUGGUACAGAGGAGUUAAUCUCCUCUGGAUCUGUAAGAGAAAUUUUUAAAAGCAGGGAGUUGUUUUUCAUAUAUUUUUUAAUUUCUGGAUGGGAAGAGCAAUUGGGAAGCCCGAGAGAUGAAAAACCCGACCAAAAUACUGAUGCAGUUAACGAGAAAGGCGUUGGAUCUCGACUGGAGGCUUCUUUUAUUGCUUCUCCCUCCUCUCUCUCUUCUGGUCUAUGUAUCCCUCUCCUCCUCCUUCACCACCACCACCAGCACCGCCGUCGGAACGCUUUUGAGCUCUUUAUCCCCCUUUAAAUCCAUUUUCCAUUCGAAUUAUGUACCCCAUGCAAGGGCGCCGGAGGAAGUGGGGUUGAGAGCGAGGAGGCGGAGGGAGGAGGAGGAGCUGGAUAGGUCGAGAAUUGCGGUGUGCUUGGUGGGUGGGGCCCGGAGGUUCGAGCUAACUGGACCAUCCAUCGUUCAGAACAUUCUGGGCGUUUACAACAAAUCCGAUCUUUUCCUUCAUAGCCCCCUGGACCCCAAUGCGUACAAGCUAUCCUUGUUAAAGGCUGCGCCCAGGAUCGCCGCCGUUAAGAUAUUUCAGCCCGAGCCCAUUCCGGAGACUCAGUCCCAGUCCCGAGUUCUCACGGCUGCCAACUCGCCCAACGGCAUCCAGGGAUUGCUGCAAUAUUUCAAUCUCGUAGAGGGCUGUCUCACCAUGAUUAAUGACUAUCAACGCAAGAACAACUUCACCUACGAUUGGAUCGUCCGAACCAGAGUGGACGGCUACUGGUCCCGUCCCCUGCCCCGCGACAACUUCAUCCCGGGCAAGUACCUCGUUCCACCGGGCUCUUCCUACAGCGGCUUAAACGACCGCCUGGGCGUCGGUGACUACAACACCUCUCUGGUGGCUCUUUCCCGCCUCUCCCUCAUUCCCCUGCUCGACGCCGCCGGCCAUCAGCAGCUCAAUUCCGAGUCCGCCUUCAAGGCACAGCUGGCCGUCAAGGAAGUCCCUUACGUCACGCACCGGAUUCCCUUCUGCGUGGUGACGGACCGCAGAUACGAGUUUCCACCGGGCCGUUUCGGUGUCCCGGUGGCUGCGUUGUCAAGCCCAGGCCCCUUGAGCGGGGCGAAGUGUAGACCCUGUACUCCGGCCUGUACGGGGUCCUGCGUUGGCCCAGUCAUGAAUGGGCUGUACAGAGGGUGGAGCUGGACGGAGUGGGCCAACAAAAGUCUCGAGCUUUGCGACGCCCACGGUGAUUGGGAGGAAGGCUGGGAGAAAUUGUUCGACGCAGUAGCUGGCAGAAGAUUAGCCGCGGAGAGGAAGAGAGUUGAGGCGCUGAAGCUAAAACAGUGCGUGGACGACUUCGAGGAGAUGAGGAAACGGACGGCACUCUGGGAAGCACCGCCGGCGGCUGACAUUUGCCGCCUUGCUUCUGGGCUGGUCUAGCGGUCGGAGAAUAACGUAGGAAUUAAAACUUUAGUGAUGCUGUUUCCUGUUUGUAAAGAUGAAAAGAAAUACAUACGAGUGUUGGUUGUACAUAUCAACGACAUUCCCGUCUGCGGUUGUUCAUGCAGAACAAGGAAUUAUAGCUGGGACAUAUCGAAUUUGACCAUUCUUCAUUCUUUCGUUUC